AUGCGCUCAUUAACCAUUCAAGGUCUUGUCCUGGCCCUGACUGGGCUGGGCAACGCCGUGACAAUCUCGAAACGCAAGCUCUCAAUCACUACCAGCCGUCCCGUAGGCUUCAAGUAUCUCGGCUGCUAUGCCGAUUCUCCCGGUAACCGACAGCUGGCUCGUGCCAGUUACGUCGACUACAGCCGCAUGACGGAGGAAUCAUGCAUCGCGUUCUGUUCGGCCAAGGGCUUCCCAUAUGCCGGUGUCGAGUACGCUUCCGAGUGCUACUGCGACUAUUCCCUGGGCCCCCUCGCCACAAAGCAGCCCGAGUCCGACUGCAACUUCGCCUGCACCGGCGACUCUACAGAGCCUUGCGGUGCCGGAGAUAGACUCAGUGUCUUCACGACAACCGCUGCCGCCGCCGGUCCUGGUGUCAACCCCGGGCCGGUGGGCUGGGCCUCUCUAGGCUGCUAUAACGACAACAUUCCCGGCCGGAUCCUUGCUUACCGUACCGGUGUUGCGGCCGGCGACAGUCUCAUGUCAGUCUUACAGUGCACCACCGCCUGCAAAGCCGCCGGAUUCUCUCACGCCGGGGUCGAGUACUCUUCCGAGUGCUACUGCGACAAUCAGAUCCUUGGCACCGCCACCGGUGGCCAGACCGGCUGUAACAUGCUCUGCUCGGGCAACAGCACGGAGUAUUGCGGCGGAGGGAAUUUCAUCAACGUCUACAAGUCUUCCGCAGCGCCCAAGACAGCAAGCACCGUGCCCGCGGGCUGGACUGGCCAGGGUUGCCUGAAGGACAAUGUUCUCGGCCGCGCUCUCGGCGUUGGCAUGGCUGUGGCGGGCGGCCCCGCCAGCAUGACGGUCGAGAGCUGUGUCGCUGCGUGUUCCGCCGCCGGAUACCAGAUUGCUGGUGUCGAGUACUCUCAGGAGUGCUGGUGUGACAACCAGAUCCAGAACGGAGGCGUGCUGACUCUUCCGACGGAUGGCUGCAACAUGCCUUGCAGAGGCAACACGUACGAGACUUGUGGCGGCUCGAACCGCCUCAACAUCUACGCGUCUUACAACCUGAACCUGGCCCUGCCCUCUAGCAGUUCCUCAUCCACGGUUGCGUCUACUUCGUCUUCGAGCAGCACGUACUUUCAGCAGCACCACGCUCACUUCUUCUGCCGCUAUAAGCACACUCUCGACCUCGACCACUCUACUGACCACCUCUUCCUCGUCCGCCUCUUCCUCGUCCGCCUCUUCCUCGUCCGCCUCUUCCUCGUCCGCCUCUUCCUCGUCCGCCUCUUCCUCGUCCGCCUCUUCCUCGUCCACGUCUUCCAGCUCUACUUCCAGCUCUACUUCCAGCUCUUCUUCCAGCUCUACUUCCAGCUCUACUUCCAGCUCUACUUCCAGCUCUUCUUCCAGCUCUACUUCCAGCUCUUCUUCCAGCUCCAGGUCAAACCCUGCAAGCUCUUCCUCUACCUCCGCUCCCAUCUCUUCAUCCAGUUCCUCGACUGCCGCUACCUCGACCACAACCACUUCAUCUUCCGCCAGCGGCGCCUGCGCCGCUCCCAGCCCAACCAUUGCAAGUAUGUGUUCCGCACCCGCUUGAAGAAAGCUUCCGGCGGCCCGUACGUAAAAAACUCCGGAUGGGACUACGGCACCAGCAACUGGACCAUCACCGGGGCCGCUACCGGACGCAUCGUCGGCGACGGGUAUCAAGCCAGCGGCUGCGGAGCCCUCCUCUUCGAAUCCGCCGCAGGAGGUCUCAUAGGCCGCUUCACCCAAACACUGACCCUGCCCCCCUCGGCCACGGCCAAGAAGAGGAUCGUCACCGCAUACAUCGGCCGCAUGAACGAGACGCCGUCCUCCGCCGGGGUGCCGACAUUCGGGUUCGCCUGGGACACUUACCCCAUCCCGGACGUCUUGGUGUGCGGGUCGACCAACAACCCCUGCAGGAACGUCAACACGCCGCUGGCGACCUACUCCAAGUACGCGUGGACGUUCAACAUCGCGGGCGGCACACAUUACAUCAUGUUUGCGUUUAAUUGGCCCAAAGGGAGUGAAAAGGCGCCUGUUCUGAUUGAUGACAUUACGGUUGUCGAUGCGUAA